CGGGCAGUGGGAAGGUCUAGGAGAAUCCCUCCGAGGGCCACUACCGGUCAGGACCGUGGCAGGGCCUCCGGGGGGCGGCGGGAGCGCCGGACCUCAAGAUGCCGGCCGGUCAGCUGCUGCCGCUGCUCUGUUUGGUGGCCGGGGCCCUGGGCAGGACGGGCACCCUCACCAAGGCCAACGAUAAGAACGGGAGAUGCAUCUAUUCGUUCAGUGUGCCCAGCCCAGUCCAGUCAAGCUGUUCGGAUGGGGGCCAGGACAGGGAGGCCCUCCUUGACCUCCAGAGGGAGAGCAGGGCUCAACAGUCGGAGCUAGAGGCCACCAAACUCAGGCUGGGUGCUCUCGAGGCCCUCGUCGGUCACCCGCAGGGGGGCCCAACUCUGGGCCCCGGGCCCCCGGGAGUCGAGGAACUUCAGAGAGAGCUGGAGCUCCUGAGAGGGGAGAAAGCUCAGUGGGAUGCCCAGGCCGCCUCCCUGGAGGCGGCCUACAGCACCCUCCUCGGGGAGAAGUCAUCUGUGGAGGAGGAGAGAAUGCGCCUGGAGCGGGAGAACGCGGACCUAAGGAAGAAGCUGGAGAGCAGCAGCCAGAGCCGGUGCGGCCCAGCCACGGCAACUUCGGGCAGAGACCCCCGCCGGGGUGCAGAGGAAGUUUCAAAGUGGGGCUUAGAGAACACGGCCUUCCAGGAGCUGAAGUCUGACUUCACGGAGAUCGCUGCUUCCAGUCUCGUCCAAGAGAGUCCUCCCAGCCAAGCAGGCACAGGAGACUCAGAUGCUGGGUGCGGUCGACUGGUCUGGGUCGGCGAUCCGGUCACCUUCCGGAAGGCGGAGACCAUCGCCGGCAAGUACGGUGUGUGGAUGAGAGACCCCGAGCCCGUCCCCCCACACACCAGGGAGACCACCUGGAGGGUCGACGCCAUCGGAACGAACGUUCGCCAGGUGGCCGAGUAUGCCACCGCCAGCCAGUUCUCCAAAGGCCUCCCUUCCAAGGUCCACGUCCUGCCCAGGCCCAUGGAGAGCACGGGGGCCGUGGUCUACCAUGGCAGCCUCUACUUCCAGAGGCAGAAAUCCAGGACCCUGACCAGAUACGAACUGAAGACGGAAACCGUGAAAGUUCAGAGGGAGGUUCCCGACGCGGGCUACCACGGGCGCUUCCCUUACUCUUGGGGGGGCUACACCGACAUCGACCUGGCGGUGGAUGAACUCGGGCUCUGGGUCGUCUACAGCACCGAGCGGGCCAGGGGAGCCAUCGUCCUGUCCAGGCUGGACCCGGACACUCUGGAGACGAGGCAAACCUGGGAGACCAACAUCCGCAAGCAAUCCGUCGCUAACUCUUUCCUGAUUUGCGGCACCCUGUACACCAUCAGCAGCUACUCUGCUUUCAACGCCACCGUCAACUUUGCCUACGACACGGGCACCAACAGCAGCGAGGCCCUGGCCGUCCCCUUCAAGAACCAGUACGGAUACAGCAGUAUGGUUGACUACAAUCCCGCUGAAAAGAAGAUCUUCGCUUGGGACAACUUUCACAUGGUCACAUAUGACGUCAGGCUCUCCAAAGUGUGAGGGAUCGCCGGGGCGGCCCCGGGGGAGGACUUGCCGAUCCGAGUUAGCAGGAACUUUAGGGCCGAGGAAGAAGCAGCGGGAACGGGCCGUCUCACGGGCAUGCUUUUCUAUGCUUUCCCAGCUUUGUCCAUCCUGCGCAAUUCACAUUCAUAAUACGCCUCACUCUGAAGUAAUAGCCAGGCAGGAAGGGAGAGGAGGUUAUCGGCCGUUAAAUAGCGAUCGGUGGCACGAGUCGGAGACGCAGUCUGGGGGCCUGGUCGAGAUGAGCAAAACUUCUCGUUGGGAGUCCUGAGGUGUCAGGAAGGACGGGAACCCUCUCGGGUUUGGGUAUGGAAGUAGGUGGGGGAAACCUAGCCUGCCUGCUGUACGGCUAUUCUGAUUCAGAACCUGCAAAGCCAAGAUGCCGAGGGAAGAGCAGCAGCUACUGCAGCCCGGGCCGGGCCGAGGGCAGAGAUGGACUCACUUGGAUUGACUACUGUUAUCUGAGUAACCAUCUGGAUAGCAUUUUGCCCAGUCAAAUAAAUACACCCUGCAAACUGUUCGACUUGUGAGAGCUGACUUAUUGUCUGUAGCAGAUGGGGACCAGAGGUGGGAGUUCUGGGGUUUAAGUUGAAGAGGACCCAAGCGUUACACUUGCAGAGGGGCAAGCCGUUGACGCAUCCAGUAAUAUCCGAUCCGGCUUGCUGACGCUUGGGCUG